AUGGCAACUGAGUAUCCAUGUGGUCUGUUGGAAUCCCUGCGUAGCAUUCUUGAAAAAAGUAGCAGAAGUGAUGUGCAUAUGGUUUUUGAUGAGGUUCAUAGCUGUCUUCACACCCUCCUGCCAAAAACGACUUUGAAAUGCGAUGAAAUUGAAUCCGCAUACAAUUUGUAUAGCCUGCUUUUCAAUCUUUCAGCGGAUCUUGAUAGGUCAAAAACUCUUGGGGAGUAUGUAGACGACCUCAGUUGUGUUUUGUUUUCAAUGUCAACUGAGAAUUCUGGUCGGGAAAUGGAUAUUGUGAUGUCAGAUGAGUGUUGUCUGGCUAUUAUUUCGUCAUUGAGUUCGUUCUUCACAUCUAUGAAACUAAAUGAACUGAAAACUGUGUUUUUACCUGGAAACUUGCCGGUAGUUAGCCACAUAUGCUCCUUCCUGUUGAAUUUCGGUGAGCACUCCAAAAAUCGUGAAGUAUGUUACAACGCCCUCCACACUUUGUCAUUAUUAACACUUUCAGUGACUAAGUUUUGUGAUGAGGGCGUUGAAAGCUCAUUAGGUAGUCUCACCGAUUCAAUAAGAAGUUUUCUACCGGGAUUUUCUACAACAUUCUUUAGAAUCAUAACAACCGAUGACAAGAGAAGUUCCCGUAUUCGAGAGGCGGCUUUCAAUGCAUGGUCUUCCAUCCUGACUUCGGUCUUUCAAGAAUGUACUCAUGGACAAGAAAGGAAUUAUAUCAACAAACCAGAACUCGUUACUACAUCGGAAUGGAUUAAAACAACUGUAUUGCACUUAAAUGCUCUAGUUUCUAAAACUAUUGAUAGCAUCAUCCAUGUUCAUUUGGAGUUAGAUGUUAACAAAAAUAUUCGAUUGUCUACUGCUUUUGCUCAUUGGUUAGGUGUAUUAUUACUGAAAUGUCAUCGACUUAUAAAUCUUGAAGACAGUCAGCAUUUGAGAUAUACUGUAGUUUCUGGCCUGCUUACAUUAGCUUCACAAUCGUCGUCAAGUGUAUCAGUUACAAAUGAGAAUUCCAAACAAGAUGGUAGCUUUCUAGCUCAAAAGAUUUUAAGCGAAUAUACUACACUCAGCAAUGUGAAUACAAACUCAAUUAUGGAUCGAAAAUCACUUUCAAACCUUUUUGGUCAUAAAUUAAUAAGAAAAGUUGCCUUUGAUUCUCUGACAGAACAGACUAAUUGUCUUAUGAAUCAAUUAUUUAGCCUAUUAGAUGAAUCACAGUUGCAAAAACGAUGUAGAACAAUCCUUGGGCAUUUAAAUGUGCUUGAUCCAGAGGAUAUUCGUACUUUUGUUCAUUCAUCGGAAUCCUUUCAGCGUUUUUGUUUUGCUUUGGCCAAAUUUUUAACAUUCGAUUUAACUUCUGUGGAAUUAAAUGAACAUAGUUAUUUAUUACCAUUGAAUUAUUCUUCUAACAAUUCAGUUAACAAUAUACAAAAUAGUACCAUCAUACGAGCAUCGAAUUUAUUUCGGAAACCAUUUCAAUAUUUUCGUGACAAUUCAACACUGUUAUUGAUUCAAGCGAUAACUGGGAAGCUAGCCUCUCAAAGAGAAACAAUCGACUUAUUUCUGGAUACAUGUCGUGAUAUUAUGGAUACAAAUGAUCAUUCUUUUCAUGCUUCUUGCCUUUUACUUAUUGUAUAUGGUAUUGCGGGUUAUAUGAUCAAUGAUAAAAUAUCACUAAGUGAACGUAAAACCGUUUGCCUAAGCUUUAUGAGCUUAUACUUCGAUUCAGAGAUAUUAAAACUGCCUACUCAUCUGCAUGAAAAUACUGACAACACUGUUGAAAGCAACGAUGUGGAUAUCACCAAACAAAACACGUAUAAAUCAUGGCCAGCUAUAGAAUCUGUGAAGAAUGAAGAUUCAUCGAAGGCUAAAGAGAAAAAUCAAUUGAAAGAUAUUAAAAUAAAUUCGAUAUCUACAUGUUUGUUACUCGAAAUGUUUUGUACUGUAUCACAGAUAAAUCUUUUACCAAUAAAGACAAAUUCUUCAUCUAAUCAUCAUAAUCUGGACGAUGAACACUUUAAUGAAUGUUUACGUAUUGGUCUAUUGCCGACUGUAUCAUUGUUUCCACGUAACGAUUUAAUUGGUCAGACAGCUCGAGUUUGUUUAAAUCAAGUAGCAGUUAACUGUAAAUAUUCAAAUUUAAGCGAACUCAUUACAGACAAUGCAGAUUAUCUAGUUUCCAAUAUAACACUAGAUCUACAUCGUGUCAAUAUUUUGACGAUAUCAUCAAAUUCAUCAAAUGCCAACAGUUUAUCAUCUGGAAGAAAAGAUGAAACUCAACAAUUUCUCCUAUCAGCUUGUAAUGCUACAAAUACUUUAUUUGAAUAUUGUACAAUUGAUGUUUUGCCAAUUUUGAAACCAAUGGUUACUAAGAUGCUUUCAUCUUUGGAUCUUACCUAUGCGUACACUGCUGAACUGUUCCUUCCACCAUUCGCUCAAUUAAUGCAAACUUGUCGUAAAUGGAGUUGGCUGUUAGCAGGUCGGUGUAUAGAAGAAAUGAAUGAUAAUGGGCCAAUGGAUAAAUCAAUCGUACAAAGUGGUCAGGUGAAUAACUCCUGUCAGUAUAAUAAUAAUGAAUCAAUAUUAUCCAGCAUAUACCAGAAAACAAUUGACUUGAUAUCUGAGACCCGUCGUCUUCAUCAUAUUGAAUCGAUUGAUGAUGUUAGUCAAGAGAAGUCAAAUAAUGCGGAAAAUACUGACCGAAUAAAUGACUAUGAAAAGCCAGCGAUGCAAGAGGAUGAUGAAGCCGAUGAAAAUAAAAACCAAACAUUUCCUGAUCAUCUACAAAUAGUUGAAGAAGUUAUAUUACGAUGCAUACAUCUAAUGGCUGACGGAAAUCCUAGACUGCGCAUACUGUCAAUGAAUGUGAUUAAAGAGGGUUGUUUAGCCUUAGAAAGCGAAAGUGAUUUAUUACUGCCUAUUGUUCAUAAAAUAUGGGCUUCUUUAAUGAUGAGAUUUCGUGAUAGUCAUGCUAUAGUUGUUGAAAAAGCGUUUGACCUCUUAACCAUUUUAUCUAAAGUUGCUGGGAAUUUUAUUCGACAACGUGCAUCAUCUGAAAUUAUUCCACCAUUGGUGAUGUUUUUAACACGAAGUGCUUCUAUAAGUGCAUCGUCAUCUAUAUCGUACAAGUACUUGACAUCCCAUCGUGUACAAAAAUAUCUCUUACAUGAAUUAGGUUCACUUUGUAAACAAACUAAUAUAUCAUCUCAGUCAUUACAAUCGGUAAUCAAUGUCCUUGUCAAGUAUUUAGAUGAUUCACAACCAGAAGAACUACAAAAGGCAUCAAUAUUUAGCCUCGAAACCCUAUGGUCUCUUGAUCCUGGAUGUACAUGGAAUCUCCUGAUUAGUCAACUUAACGAAUCCGAAAUACAAAGUCUGUAUUCUGCGAGUUUAAUAAAACCGUUUAAAAUUAUACAAGUUUAUCACCAGUCACCAGAUUUACAAAAUGGGAAAAAUUUGAAAUUUAAAAAUAUUUCAACUUUUCUGCAUAAAGUUCAUGGAAUCUCUGAUUUCGCGUGUUCCUAUCAGGGCUUUAAAAACUUACAUCUACAGACAAUACACGAAUGGAUAGUAAAUUUUGCAAGUUAUAUUGCUUCAAUGAUGGUAGCUGCACAUCGUGUAGAGUGCGAGAGCCCAUACAUGAAACAGAAUGCCUUGGAUGUGUAUGCCCAAGAGAAUGGGCAGGAGAGCGAUGUGAGAAAAGGAUAA